UCCAUGCAUCGUAGAGCAAUGAUGGUUUACACAGGCUAACGCCUUAAUUGUAUAUUCACUUUCAGCCAUGUCCGAACUAAAACCCAGUGGACUGCUCUAUGCAUUAUAACGAUGCGUGGCACAAAAAUGCCUGGUUUCGUCGAAGAAAAACGACAAUGAAUGUGCCAUUUUAAAAAGCAAGUUUGUAUACGUGAUUUUAGGAAAACAUCUCUUUGUUUCGCUCUGGGAAUCUUUGGGACUAAACGCGUGAAUAACAAUAAUCUUAAAGUUUCGAGUUGUUUCGUUUGUGUUAAGAUAUGGAGCAGAGAGUGGCGCAGAGGUUCCUGGAGCCCAUUCGUAGAGUGUCAGAGCAGAGAGAGUCCCUGGCCCGGCAGUAUGAACAGGAGAAUGAGGUCCUCAGGGACCAGCUUCAACGCAUUACACAACAGCAAGAUGCCCAGAUGAAUGAGGUGGCUGAGAUGUUGUACCAAGAGGGCCUGGCGGAGGUCAUCCCCUGCAGCCCCAGUGAACAGGUGGCCUACCUGUUGGUGGAAAGGGCUUCCCUGCUGGAAAGACCCGAUGACCCCCAGGUAAACAAUGUGAAGGCAUACAAUACCUUGGCCAGCCAGCAGGAGACACAGUCCCAGCCUAAAAACAUGGAUCAGGGGGCACCUUUACACAGCCAAAGCCCAUGGAAGAGGCUGUUUGGACACCGCAAAGCAGCUCAGAGCAGACACCCUUUUACCUCUGUUGAGCUAAAGCCAGGGUCAGAGUUGGGGUCAGCGCUCAGUGUGGAGCGGGAAUGGGCCCGUCUGGAGAGAGACCUGGAGGAGGCUUCUCGUCGCUUGGCCAUGGCUCACAAAGAGAUCCGCCAUCUGACCGACGAGCUGGAGUCAGCCCGCAUGACCCAGAGUGCAUAUGAGCCAGAGCUGCAGGGAGCUCAGCAGGAGGUAGAACUGCUUAGACAUGAAGUGGAAAAGUUGAAGAAAUGUGACGUGGUGGAGUUGCGUAAAGCAAAGGAGCUGAAUGAUCGCCUGAACCAGGAAAUCAGAGCCCUGAGAACACGGGUGCGCACCAUGGACGCAGAAAGAAAAGCCCUGAUAGAGAUGAGAGAAGAGCAGUCUGUGCCUCAGACACACAGUGUGUCUCUCCAGACCGACCUGCAGCUUGUGGACCAACAUAAGACGGACAAAAGAUCCCUCCAGCAAUCAGAGACCAGAUACAAACUGGAUGAGAUGCAGCAUCAAAUUCAGAGGUUGCAGGAGAAAUACGAUGAGCUUAUAAAUGCUAUAAAGAAUGCACAGGAGGAGUAUGAGGAACUGAAGAAGCGGAGAGAGGAGGAAGAAAAGGUCCUGGAGCUACUGAUGGAGAGGACUGAGGAGGUUGAGGAGGAGUUUGAGGAAAUAACUUCCAGGAAAAAGGAGGAGGAGAGGUUGUGUAAGGACCUGAAGACUAAGAUGGAUGAGGAGAAGAAGGAUUAUGAAUUUAUGAAGAGAGUAAGAGAGGAGAUGGAGUUGAACCUGAAUGAACCUCUGGUUCAGAACGAGCAACAGCAAAGAAGGCCGGUGAAAGAAGUGCAGACUAAGAUCCCUGCUGAUUAUGUGAAUCUGAAGGAGCUUCUGGAAGCUAGUCAGGAGGAUUGUGAGGAACUGAAAGAAAGAUUCAUGGAAGUUCUCUCAAGCCUGGACUUAGAGAGAAGUGAAAAUGCCAAGAAGCGAUCACAGCACAAAACCAAAAUGCAGCGAGCUAAACAGAUAUUCUUUAAGGAGACAGGAUGGCGUGAUGAGAAAAUAAGAAACCUUGAAAGAGACCUAGCUCUCGCCUUAACUUCAUCCACCCGGGAAAAAGAGAUGAUCGGGAACAUGAACAAGGAAAAUGAGAAAUUGUUGGCGGAAAAGAGGGAUCUGCUUGGAAGGCUAAAUGAUUUGGAGGAUAAAACUUACAACAGCGUCAUUUCUGCUACAGCCUCACAAUUCAGUGUGGAUUUCUUGGAGAAAGAAAAUAAGCACUUACAAGAAACUAUAGUGGAGAUGUCCCGUCUGAUACCUAGCGGAAAAGCAUUGCAACACGCUCUGAAGAAUCUCAAAAUAUCACGCAGCACUGAUGUACAGGAAUUGAAGAAUUUUUUUUCUUUUGACAGCCCAGUUGUAAUGCCUUGCAUUCAGGAAACCAGGAAAUUUCAGCCUGGCUCAUUGGAUGUGAGAGGCCUUCUAGACAUCAUUCAGAGGAGCAGGUCCAGUCACUCAGAGGAUUCCAUGUCUCCGCUCUCUACACUAACCAGGCAUCCUGUGGAGAUGGGCUAUCUGAACGUGACCCCGUCCACAGGAAUCUGCGACAAAAAUCUGAACCUGACCUCUGCUCUUACCAGGGCUGACCAUCAGAUCCUCUCAGACACCAAUUCGGACGUUGAGGAGGUUUGAGGACAUUCAGGCAGAGACAAUCAACCGAAGAACCUUCAUACAAUCUAUCGAAGUGAUUGUGUAUAUAAAAGUGACCGUAAAGUUAAACAAGGAGCACUAAAUGUAACUAAAAUGUAACUUUGCACACCAGUUCACUUUGUAAUUUGCAUUAUAGGUGAAAAUGAGGUUGUUCAUUAUGUACUGGAAUUAAAGUGCGGACUAGAUAUGUGCAUGUUGAGCGUGGAUGUAAUUGAGAGAGACUGUGUAUCCAUGGUGAGUGCGUGAGUGAGCUAGUGUAUGUUUUUCAUAGUAGAGAAUGCAAAAGGGCACCAAAGGUUGGACUAUCUGACAGGCCAGAUAGUCCAACAGUCUUAUUUAUGAUGCCAGUGUACUGUAUCUGUUGAAGUUAGUAGCAACGAGAACUGUCCAUGGCUUGGUUGGCUGAUGCCAGUGUACUGUAUCUGUUGAAGUUAGUAGCAACGAGAACUGUCCAUGGCUUGGUUGGCUGAUGCCAGUGUACUGUAUCUGUUGAAGUUAGUAGCAACGAGAACUGUCCAUGGCUUGGUUGGCUGAUGCCAGUGUACUGUAUCUGUUGAAGUUAGUAGCAACGAGAACUGUCCAUGGCUUGGUUGGCUGAUGCCAGUGUACUGUAUCUGUUGAAGUUAGUAGCAACGAGAACUGUCCAUGGCUUGGUUGGCUGAUGCCAGUGUACUGUAUCUGUUGAAGUUAGUAGCAACGAGAACUGUCCAUGGCUUGGUUGGCUGAUGCCAGUGUACUGUAUCUGUUGAAGUUAGUAGCAACGAGAACUGUCCAUGGCUUGGUUGGCUGAUGUCCGUGAUGAGCCUUACUGAGAGCCUUAUGUAUGCAACCUCUCCUACGUCUCCCUCGGUAUACACGCAGGGGGAGGGUCCUAGCUUUUGACUCCCACCAGAAAAAAUGGGUCCUCUCUAAAGUAUUGAAAUUGUAGUGAGUGAUGCCUGGCUAUUGGCAUGUUCUAACACGCAUUUUAGAGGAAUGCAUGCUCUGUGAAGCGCAGUUGUGCAAUAACUCAGUUUGUCUGAACUCAUAAAGAGUGCUUUUAAAAACAUUUCAAAGGUUAAAGGCAAAAAACAUAGUCCACUUUUGCUAACAAAUGCGACUUGUGGGGAAAAAAGAUAAAUGUUUCAAUUAAGGCAAAACUUUAGGAAUGCCUACCCUGUUCCAUCUUGCUCUGUGUUGCCUGUCCACUGGGCUUCCAAUGAGUAGUAAAGAACCGGAUGCUUCAAAUGAAUACAAAAAGUAUGUGCUACAAACAGAGGGUCAUUGUGGACAGGCGUCAUGAAAAUGAGUAGUGUCUAGGUUAAUGAUGCAGGGAAUAAUGCUGUGACAAAUCACACAUACAUGUUCUAUGCAUUGUGUUAUGACAUACUAUUAAACUUUCUUAGCUCUAUCAUUUCACCUUUUCUUACAUAUCCUUCAAAGAUGUAAAUGGUCAAAUGUAUAUGGUAUGAGCAGGGGCCCCAGUAUGAAUUUUGAGCCCCAUGAAUGGAUUGCAAUUUGUGAAUCUGUCUUCAGGGCCCUUGAUUGUACUGGUCAGGAAUUUAAAUGCAGUUGCCCAUUGGGUGAUUGCAUGACUUAGAAGAACCGCAUAAGUAGUAACUGAGAUCGGACCAGACGUUUGCCUUGUUCUUUGGAGAUGAAUGAGUUAGUGUUUUGUUUAAAAGUAAAAUGAUUUGUUGAUUUAUCUUUUUAUACAUUUUUCUAA